CACCACCACCACCCACCACCACCAUCAGACGGCGACGGCCAGCACCGCAUCCCGUAAUUAAAGGACCUUUCAGGUAGCGCGGUUUCCAUUCUUGCCUUCUCCUUCACCAAGUAUAAUUGGACCCGAGGACCAUACCAGUGGUGACCCAACAAGGUCACCUUCUCUGCUCCGCGUUAUUUAUGCUGAACCUUCGAUUCCCCUUCCUCAGGACCUCUAUGAAUCUCUCAUACUUGUCGUCGAGGAAGGCAUCAACUACCACCUCAGAGUGGAGACGCGUAACACCAGCAGAUCCAGCCAUUCCUUCAUUCUCCGUCUACGACAAACCUAUAGAGAAGUCGCAGCAGGACGACCGGGAUUACCGUAUCAUUCGUUUGGACAAUGGCCUGGAGGCCACUCUCAUUCAUGAUGCCACCGCCGACAAGGCUGCCGGAAGCUUAGACGUAGCGGUGGGCCAUCUAUCAGACCCAGAUGAUAUGCCAGGUUUGGCUCAUUUUUGCGAGCACCUGCUAUUCAUGGGCACCGAACAAUUUCCCCGGGAGAACGAAUAUUCGGAAUAUCUGGCCAAGAACAAUGGCAGCUCGAAUGCGUACACGUCCAUUACCAACACCAACUAUUACUUCAACGUGGCCACCCCUGCCCUCGCUGGGGCACUUGCCCGGUUCUCAGGAUUUUUCCACUGUCCACUCUUUGCUCCCUCGUGUACAUCACGCGAACUCAACGCGGUAGACUCUGAGCACAAGAAGAAUCAUCAAAGUGACAUAUGGAGAGUGUUUCAGCUCAGCAAACAUCUGAGCAAGGAAGGACAUGUGUGGAGGAAGUUCGGGAGCGGUAAUCGGGAGAGCUUAUCUCAAGCGGGGAAGGAUCUCAAGGCGCAGGGCAAGCUCGAGGCCCCGGCGACUAAUGGUGUUUUUGCACCAUCGCCUAUCCCAUCACGCAUAUCGUCGCCAGCUCCUUCCGUAGCUUCUACUUCGAGUGACAAUGAAUCCGAUGGCGGCGCAGUUGGUAAGGAGACGCGUAGACGAGUUGUAGAAUGGUGGACCAAGGAAUAUUGUGCAAGCCGGAUGCAUCUUUGCAUCCUCGGUAAAGAAUCCCUGGAUGAGCUAUCCGAGCUCGCUUCUUCUUUGUUCUCGCCGAUACCUAACCGUGGUGUUGAUCCCCUUCCGAUGUUCGCUGAACACCCAAUGGGCCCAGACCAGCUAGGCACCCUUGUGCCCGUUCAAACGAUCAUGACCGUACACGCACUAGAAUUCUCGUUCCCCUUGGAGUACCAGGUACCCUUUUGGCGUCAUAAACCCUCCGAAUUCAUCUCCCAUUUUGUUGGGCACGAAGGCCCUGGAUCUCUGCACUCGUAUCUUAAGAACAAGGGCUGGAUCACGGGUUUAAGCUCAGGACCCCAGAAUCUUGGAAGGGGAUUCGGGAUGUUCAAAGUAACUGUGUAUUUGACUGCUGAUGGCUUCAAGGAAUACCGUUCCGUCAUACUGGCAACGGCGAAAUACUUUGCUCUUCUACGCGAAUCCACUUUUGCUCCAUUCCAUCAGACGGAGCUGGUGACUUUGGCGAGGACGCGUUUCAGAUUCCAGGAGAAGCGACGCCCCGAUGAUUACGCCACACGGAUUGCAGAGCGCAUGGCUCGUGGCUAUCCUAGAGAUCUACUCCUGAGCGCCCCGCUAUUGGUUUGGGACUGGGAUGACUACAGACAGGAAGGUGGCGGUGAGGAGAAGAUUCGAGAAUAUCUGGAAAGCUUCCGAUUGGAGAAUGGUAGAGUGAUCCUUAUGGCUCAGAAAGGGGACCUAGAAAGCCUAGGAUUCAGUGAUCACUGGGAAACGGAGCCCUGGUAUGGCACAGAGUAUAGAGUUGAGCGAUUUGACGGAGAUUUCGUUAAACAGGCUAACGGCGCCAAUGAUAUCCCUCAGCUGUUCCUCCCUGGUCCCAAUGAAUUUAUUCCGACCAACUUGGAUGUGGACAAACGCGAAAUCGUCAAGCCUGCCGGACGCCCGCACUUGAUCCGGGAAACUCCCCUCUCCGUUUUAUGGCACAAAAAGGAUGAUAGGUUUUGGGUGCCUAAGGGAUUCGUUGUCAUCGAUUUGCGAAGUCCAUAUGGGAAUAGCUCCCCGCGCAAUUCUGUCCUCACCCGGCUGUAUUCUGACCUCGUUACUGACUCUCUUACUGAGUUCUCCUAUGACGCGGAUCUGGCGGGUAUCACCUAUUCUUUCUUAACACAUGCUUCUGGUCUCUACGUUACUAUGAACGGCUACAAUGACAAGGUGACCGUGUUGGUGCAACAUGUCUUGGAGAGGGUCAAGCAGAUUGUCGUCAGCCCUGAGAGGUUGACCGUUAUGAAGGAAGAGAUCAAGAAGACUUGGGAGAACUUCUUCCUUGGACAGUCAUACCAGCUAUCAGAAUAUUAUGGCCGAUAUAUGUUGACAGAACGACAGUGGACUAUUCAUGAGAAGCUUCAGGAGCUACCCUCCGUCACUCCAGAAGAGGUCCAGAGCCAUAUUAAGAGAGUUCUUUCUCAGGUGAACAUUCGGAUUCUAGUAACGGGCAACAUGUUGAAGGAAGAAGCUAUUAAGAUUGCAGAAGUGGUGGAACAGGGUCUAGGACUCUCCGGACUACCACCUUCCCAACUGAACGAGAGGGGCCUUUUACUGCCAGAAGGGUGCAACUAUACCUGGACAUCUACGAUACCCAAUCCUAAUCAAUCUAACUCCGCGUUAACCUACUACUGUCAUUAUGGUUCCGUUGCCGAUCAGCGCCUUCGUGUCGUGGCUGCGCUUUUAAACCAGAUUCUUUCGGAACCGACCUUUAAUACUCUUCGGACAAAGGAACAGCUCGGUUAUAUCGUCUCGUGUUCGGGUUGGAGUCUAUCGGGCGGAGGCGAUGUUGGUGUCCGGAUAGUAGUUCAGAGCGAGAAGACACCCGGACACCUCGAGGAUCGAGUCGAAGCGCAUUUGUCGGCCAUGAAGACUUACAUCGAAGAGAUGACCCCGGAGGUCUUCCAGGAACAGAAAGGGGGGUUGGAGAAGAAGUGGCGAGAGUCAUACAAGAAUCUCAUGGAAGAGGGAAGCGCCUUCAUGCUCCAGAUCAGUACCGGACAUCUAGACUUCUUGAGGGCGGCAAAGGACGCAGAUCUAAUCAAGGAUAUAACGAAGGAGGACGUUUUUUCUCUAUUCAUGUCUAACGUUCACCCAUCGUCAAAGACACGAUCUAAGCUGUCGGUUCAGAUGCGCUCCCAGAAACCGCGCCCCCAGAGAGUUAGCGCGCAAGCAGCUCAACAGUUUGCGGCUAUCGUACGGGCGAAAAUGCCAGAUCUCGACGACAGCGCAUGGAAGGAUCUUGGCGAAGGUGAUCAUAAUGUGUCCGACUUCCAAGCACACUGGGUGCAGGUGUUGCAAGGAAGAGAGGGUCUUCAGGACUUGGUUAGGGCUAUGAUGGUACUGAUGGCGAAAUACCCGGUUCAAGGAGAAGGUGAGGAUGUUCCGAGGCCAGGAGUGGAAUAUAUUACGGACCCGAAGGCCUUCCGAGCUGGUUUGAAACCAUCAACGGACUUGGGGCCGAUGGUGCAGUGGGGAGAUUUACCUGCACCUCGACUGUGAUUUGGACAUUGGACAGGGAUCUGAGCUGUUAUAUAAGUAGAGAUCUACUCCGUAUUAUUUGUUUUGUCGUCGAUUGUUCCAGUAUAAUGUGUACACGUAGUGAUAUGAUGAACGACUUAGUAAUGUGAAGUGGCAGACGAUGAGUCAAUGAUAC